AACUGGUACUGCGUCGGUGCUUGGCUAAGACGGCGGUGUCCGACAUCCUACGUCAUCUCUGCGGGAACGGUACGGUCAGUGCGCCUGUUAACAUUUGGCGGUUGCGGCGUAAGUUGAUUACUCCGAUGUUUUCAACGAGACAUCUCCGCAACUCUUUCGCCACAUUCGCCAGGAAGAGCGCUGAGAUGUCAGAGCGGAUGCGGCCGGCGGCGGGCAACGGUGUCAUCUCUAUUGCCAAAUAUCUGUCCACCUACACUUUAGAGUCUGUCUGUGAGUCGAUUUUGGGUGAAAGCAAUGAGAAGAAGCGCGACGAGUUCCUGUGCGCUUUCGAAGAGUACUGCCGCAUCGCCGUCCUGCGUAUGAGCAACCCGCUGCUGGCCGUGGAGGCGGUGUUCAAGCUGCACCCCGCAUUCACCACCUACUACAGGAGUAUUAGAAUCAUGUGGGAUUUUAUUGAUGAGAUCAUCAAUACCAAGAAAGUAUUGGGAAAAAAUAAAAAUGUGAGCGCAAGUGAGGACAUAAACCAGCCAAAGUCAUUUAUGGAGUUGCUGAUGUGUGCGUCCGGUGCGAGGGGUGCGGGGGCUUCGGGAUGUGCGGCGCGAGUUCCUUCGACCACGGAGCUGCGCGAGGAGAUGUUGGUAUUGGCCUUGGCGGGCGGCGACACCAGCACCGUGGCCGCCUCCUUCGCCUGCUGCCUGCUGGCCCAGCAGCCGCAUGUGCAGGAAAGAUUGUACAACGAGUUGUUGGAAGUGCUCGGAGAGAGGAGAGCUAUUGAGAUAGAAGACCUGACAAAGUUAAAGUACAUGGAGGCUGUUAUUAAUGAAUCUUUGAGACUGUAUCCACCGGUUCCGAGUAUUCUAAGAAAAGUACUGAAAGAUAUUACACUACCAUCCGGUGUAAAACUGUUGGAAGGCACCGGAGUGUGUAUAAACGUGUGGUGCCUGCACCGCAACCCUCUCUAUUGGGGCCCAGACGCAGACAUCUUCAACCCGGAUCGAUUCCUGGACAACGUAAAACAUCAUCCGCACGCUUUCAUUCCAUUUGGUUCCGGACCAAGAAAUUGUAUUGGCUACCGCUACGCAAUGAUGUCCAUGAAGACCGUGGUGGCGACGUUGCUGAGGAGCUACAGGUUCCUGCCGCCGCCCACCUCCGGGGAUACUAAUGAAAUAUUCUCUCUCAAAUUUGAUAUUAUGUUAAGAGAUUUGAAAGGAUUUAAACUUCAAUUAGAAUCCAGACAUGUUUAAAAUAUACACAAUACUAAAAUUUCUUAUUUUAAGUAAGCAGCUUCCAAGAAUUGGUUAUUGUGA